GUUUCACUGUAUAUAUAAAAAUAAAUAAAUAAACUGAAGCUUUCACAGACCUCGCUUGGGGCUUCCCAUAGGAUAGAGCUUUCGGGAAGUUACUGAGCAGACACGUUGAGCUUAUGGUUCCCAGCCUGAUGGCCAAACAGUCUUUAAUGCCUCAGUUCUAAGCAGGUAGGAUUUUAACCUUAAUGAUGAUUUCUACAGGGCACUAUGCCACUACACGUCUGCUUCAAAAGACAGCAGAAGGUGAGAACAAGUGAGCUGGCCAUGUAUCUGAACUUGGGCCAUGUUUAGCACAUCUGUAUCAGGACAGCAUUGCAAGUGACCGCGCGGCCUCUGGCUCCCAUCUGUGCAGAAUACACAGAAAGCAGCCCCACUCUAGGGAAGGCCCGAGACUGUUGACAGACGGUUCUCCUUAUCUUGUUUUCACAUCGGUUGCAACACGUUGUAUGUUCAGAACAAGCGUGGGUGGGGGUUCCUCCUGCCCUGCCCUGUGCUAGCUGUUAAAAUAAGAGGGCGGUGUAUCAUAUUGUUUUUCAAGUAUAGAGCAGGCCACCAGUGGUUGGUGAUUCCAGUGGGUCACGGAGGGAUUUGGCGAUUGCAAAGAAAAACCAACUCAGCUCUUUUGGGGACUACGUCAACAGUCUACAUAAUAGUCAUUCAGUUUUGGAGAUUAGGGUUUGUUUGACUGCUAUGGGACACUAGGUACAGCUCUCAGAACACUUAAACUACAAUUUCCAACUCAAAUCAUUGGACGAUUUUUCAAAUCGGUCACCAGGAGUCGUAGCGUGCCAUUGAUCACUAAUAUUCCAAUUGCACUUCCCAGGCAACAAACGGCUUUUACGUAUGGUUAUUCCCAUGUAACAGAUGAGAACCCCAAAGCACAGAAAUAUUAAGAAAAUUCUGACCACAGUCCUAUGUCUUACAGCUAGGGACCGAGUUGGGUAGAAAUCUAACGCGGGUCUACUGCCUCCCAGUUGUGGGUCCUUUGUCCUCUGCCAUCCUGCCCACAUCUGUCUCCAUCUUGUUCAAACCGAGUUGUGCAUUUACUGCUUCUGCAUACAGUACCUCAGUGCCCUGCUAAUUGAGGAUUAGGGAGGGCAGGGGAGCCAGGGAAGAUCAUUGGAAAUUGACUCAAUGGGUUGCACCGUAGAUACGUAAGUUUACAGCAACUCAGAGAUACAAGUGAGGAAAGAGACUGCUAUUUGCGAGCGAGCAGCUGCUGGACUGUGAGCGAGGACCUGUCACUGUGCAAGAGGGUGUAUGUUUAAAUACUGCCUCCCUCAACCCUCCACCAGCUCCUGGAGACAUGUUCUCAUCCCCAUCCAACAGAUGAGAGCACUAGAGCCUAGAGAUAACAAACUCGCCCAAAGUUGCAUUAACAAGUCAGUGGUGGAGCCUGACUUUGAGCCUAGGUUUGUCUGAUUCCAAAGCCAGCCCAGUCCAACCCCCACACUCCAUCGACGAGGAAACCAGUGGUGGAGCCACUGUGAUGGUCUCACAGCAAUCGCGGAGCUGGGUCUGCUCAACAUAAUCCCGGUUCCCUUCCCAGACCACCUGGUGACCUCUGCUCAGAGGGUUGGGAUUCCCCACUGUCCCAUCCAAUGAAAAGUCGUCAGCAUUGCCAUGACUUCCCCUCCCCCCACCUGGGCCCCUGGCGUCAUGAGAGCUUUUCAGUUUUUUGCGGUUCACACCAGCCAUUAAUUUUUUACCUCUUGUUGCUCCCCACCUUCCAGAAUUUUCCAUGCCCUUCAUCUGGGCUCUGCCAAAAGUUGUUCACAAGUAACCCCAUUUGAUUUCUACAUUUUCUCCCUCCCUUGCAACAUGGUAUGAGACAACAGAAAAAUAAGAUAGCAUAAAGCUAGCAGAGAGACAGGUGGAAGGAGCACAGAGUGAAGGAGUACCCACAGUAUGUGAGAGCCCAGAGUCAGUGUUAGGAAGGCACCGGCUCUGAGGAUAUCAGAAACGAGGCCCUGGAGCACCAUGGGCCCCACGUGUGAAGGAUCUGUUGCUACAAAGGCCAGAACCUAAAACUGACCCCCCACCCCCAGCGCUCCUGCAAUCCUCUGUCUCUACUCGUCACACCUGGCACACCCACCCCUUUGGGAAUCUCCUCGCUUCAGGGCUGUUGUUGAUGCCCAUCUUACCCCGAAGCUGUGUGUAUGAAUGAGUAACGUAUGCCAGCCAGGUACCGGGAUUGGUUCUCAAUCUCUUGGUCCUGGGCAGGGAAGGCGAAGGAGUUGCAUGGAAGGAAACUGGUAUCCAUUAAGUGCCUGCUCUACAGAAGUUAUUUCAUUCAGUCCUCACAACAACACCGUGAGGUGGAUUUCCAUCCCAUUUCACAGAGGAGAAGACUGAGGAGCUCACAGUGGGAGGUGAUUUGCUCAAGGCUUCCCAGCUAGCAAGUGGCAGAGCCAGAAUCAGCACCCAGCUCUCUCUCCAGGGCACAAACUCUUUCCACUUUGCCAUGCAUCAGAUGUAGCCCAGAGCCUGCCCCUGACAUUUUCCAGAGGGGGAAACAACAUGACCCCGGAUCUCAAAGAACUCAAUCCCCAUGAGCGUGGCACGUGGAGCUGCAGAGUUGGGUUUGAAUCUUGGCCCAGCCCAUUCCUCACUGUGUUAUUAGCAUGUCCUUCAGUCUCUUCGGUGAAAGAUCUGGAAAUCGUAGUGCCUACCUUCCAGAAUUAGCAUGAGAGGACAGAUUUCUCAAUGUUGCGUGAACUCUUAAGCUCUCUGUGAAUGGUAUUAUUUAAUUUAAAAACUCAAUCAGGGAAUCGACUCUGGUUACCUACAGGCCAGCGGUGGAGCCAGUCAAGACCUUUAUUCACCUGGCCCCACUUGGUGGGCAGGUGCACGGUGUGAGCAGUCAGGUGCGGAUAUUAGAGGAAGCGCAGCACGUGAGCCCGCGGGGCCCGGAGAAGAAGCGGGGGUAGCCAUCGACCUCUCUCCCCGCGUGGAGCAGCCCUGCCUCUCCCAUAAGGUGGAAGUCAGUGUCUGCUGCUUAAGUGAUGGACCCGGAAGUUAUUCUUUACAGAUCUGGCUUGAGACCCGGUUCCUCAAGGCUCUCAGCUAAGUGUGAAGUCCCCGCACCCCCCACCUCCACCCCAGUGCGGGCGGAUGGCUUCACCUCGAAAGCGUUGGCUCCUCCUUGGUUUGUGGGCCCUGACCAGAGUUACAGAUGACAAAAAGCCUUGGCAUCCACAGGAGGAAGAAGUGUUCAGGCAGCAUGUGACUGGUUGGCUGUUCUCGCACGUCGGCGACCCCUUCCUGGAUGACCCCCUGCCCCGGGAGUACGUCCUGUACCUCCGACCCACCGGCCCCUUAGCACAGAAGCUCUCCGACUUUUGGCAACAGUCGAAGCAGAUCUGCGGGAAGAACAAGGCGCACAACAUCUUCCCCCACAUCACCCUCUGCCAGUUCUUCAUGUGUGAGGACAGCAAGGUGGACGCCCUGGGGGAAGCCCUGCAGACCACGGUCAGUCGCUGGAAAUGCAAGUUCUCGGCCCCACUGCCCCUGGAGCUCUAUACCUCCUCCAACUUCAUCGGCCUCUUCGUGAAGGAAGACAGCGCGGAGGUCCUCAAGAAGUUUGCCGCUGACUUUGCUGCAGAGGCUGCGUCCAAGACCGAAGUCCGUGUGGAACCCCAUAAGAAGCAGCUCCAUGUCACCCUGGCUUACCACUUCCAAGCUAGCCACCUACCCACCCUGGAGAAACUAGCCCAGAACAUUGAUGUCAAACUAGGCUGCGACUGGGUGGCCACCAUAUUCUCGCGAGAUAUCCGGUUCGCGAACCAUGAGACAUUACAGGUGAUCUACCCCUACACCCCACAAAAUGAUGACGAGCUGGAGCUGAGCCCCGGGGACUUCAUCUUCAUGUCUCCAAUGGAGCAGACCAGCACCAGCGAGGGCUGGAUCUAUGGCACGUCCUUAACCACCGGCUGCUCCGGACUCCUGCCUGAGAACUACAUUACCAAGGCCGACGAGUGCAGCACCUGGAUAUUUCAUGGUUCUUACUCGAUCUUAAACACAGCAUCUUCUAACGCGCUCUCAUUUGGUGAUGGUGUGUUGGAGAGGCGGCCGUACGAGGACCAGGGCCUGGGGGAGACAGCGCCCCUGACUAUCAUCUGCCAGCCCACUCAGCCUCUGAGGGUCAAUAGCCAGCCCGGCCCUCAAAAGAGAUGCCUCUUUGUGUGUCGGCAUGGGGAGAGGAUGGACGUUGUGUUUGGGAAGUACUGGCUCUCCCAGUGCUUCGAUGCCAAAGGCCGCUAUAUACGCACCAACCUGAACAUGCCUCACAGUUUACCUCAGCGGAGUGGUGGUUUCCGGGAUUAUGAGAAAGAUGCUCCAAUCACCGUGUUUGGAUGUAUGCAAGCAAGGCUGGUGGGGGAAGCCUUAUUGGAGAGCAACACCAUUAUCGACCACGUCUAUUGCUCCCCAUCCCUGCGCUGCGUUCAGACUGCAUACAACAUCCUGAAAGGUUUACAACAAGAAAACCACUUGAAGAUCCGCGUAGAGCCUGGCUUAUUUGAGUGGACGAAAUGGGUCGCUGGGAACACGUUACCCGCGUGGAUACCCCCAUCAGAAUUAGCUGCCGCCAACCUGAGUGUUGAUACAACCUACAGACCUCACAUUCCAGUCAGCAAAUUAGUGGUUGCAGAAUCCUAUGACACUUACAUUAGUAGAAGUUUCCAAGUGACAAAAGAAAUAAUAAGUGAGUGUAAAAGUAAAGGAAAUAACAUCCUGAUUGUGGCUCAUGCAUCCUCCCUGGAAGCGUGUACCUGCCAGCUUCAGGGUCUGUCUCCUCAGAACUCCAAGGACUUUGUACAAAUGGUCCGCAAGAUCCCAUACCUGGGGUUUUGUUCCUGUGAAGAAUUAGGAGAAACUGGAAUAUGGCAGCUGACAGACCCACCUAUCCUUCCUCUCACCCAUGGACCCACUGGGGGCUUCAACUGGAGAGAGACCUUGCUGCAAGAAUAAACCAUGCCUGUGAACGAGAAGAAAAGGCUCUUUCUAGAAAGCCUUUGGGAGAAGUGUCUUUCUGUGUGUUUAGUAACAGUGGCAAAAUCUGCACCGCCUUGUAAGUGGGCAGCUCAGAAUAAUUUAGCAGAUUUCCUUUCAUGCUUUAAAGCUCUGAUGAUGAGACUGUGGGAAUGAGAAAGAGACUUGAUUCAGGGAUAAAAUUCAUUCUUUCUGGGUGCUUACCUAGCAAACAAGGCUUUCGAGACUUGUCUUCAUAAAUCAAGGCACCUGCUACAGAGAGGAUGUGUCCUUCCUUCCUUCCGUGCAUGGCUGAGGAGUCGGGUGCUCUUAAGGGAGCAGUCAGCCUGCUCUAAGGAAGAAUGCAAGAGGAGGGAGCAUGUCCAGAAUCCGGCUGGAGAGACACUGAGCUGCCGGUUUGGGGAUGGGAUUUUCUUUUUAACUCCGUGUUCCAGUUAGGCGAAGCCAAGCUGAGGAAUUCUUUUAAGGUUAUUAGAAGACAUGCCCCUGCAGAGAGUUGUUCUUAGAUUACACAUCAAAUUCUACCCUCACUAUGACCCACACACCAGUGCUGCCGGCUCCAGGCACCUGCUUGACAGCUCCCAUCUACCCUGGUAACUACCACCACAUUUUCUCUAGAACAGCUGGCUACAGCUUUUUGCUACGGCCCUUCCCCCUCGCUUCUGUCUGUGAAAUGGGGAGACCAGGCCCUUUUGGAUACUCAGGAGGGAGAUCAACGUGUGAAGUAUUCAAUGGUGGGAGCAAAGAACUUGCAAAAUAUAAAGAGCGACCUGGAAUUAUCCAUGUUACAGCACUUCCAAAUCACCAUGAUUUGCUCGUCUCUGCCCCCAGAGUCUAGACUGUGGUGACUGGUUAAGGAUGUUGACCAUUUGAAAGCCUGUAUGUUCGAUCCAUUGUUUGAGUCAGCAAGAAGCUCGUUCCUGUGCAAUAUGGACGUCUUUACAAACCACACCAAGGGUCAGGUCUCUGUACGUACACUUAGAGUACUUGUCACUCCUGGCAGAGCAUCACAAUGCGUCAGUUCCACCAGGGAUGUAUAAAGAGUCAGGGAACUAAUUUAAAGGAUGACAGUCACGAUUGCUGUUUGUGCUGUCGGUUUUUUGUUUGUUUGUUUUUCUAUAACUUAAAAUAUGUAGGUAGGGCUGCUUAAGAAAAGGUGAGAGAACCACAUCGUGUGGUUUUUCGGCACACCUGCCUCCUCAAUUCAGAGGGAGUUUAUUUAAAAGAAAAAUAAAUGACAAUCAAACUAAAAACAUCAGUUAUCACGUGUAUUUAAUUGUGUGACUAGCUGACUGUUGGCAACAGACAAUGGUCUGGUGCGGUAAAGUUCACUCUGUAGACCAUGUGUGCAGAUGAGAUCCCAGACAUGUAAAGAAACAGUGUAAAACAAAUCAAUAUACGUUGUAGCACUGAAUAAUACAUAUAAAACCCAGUAUAUCAAAAUAGAUCUAGGCUUCUGUUUGAAACUGGAAUUUGAGGAUUCCUAAAAAGAGGAAGUGAAAGGAUGCUGGCUAUGUAUGUUAAUCAGCAAGAGGAUGACAGUUGGGUGUUUUGGGUUUUUUUUUCUUUUUGGCCACUUAGACAACUAUGUCAUGAAUUUCAGAUUUUAAGAAACAAACUUGAUUUCUUCUAGCAUUGCACAAACACUGAUCCAGCUACUGGGUAUAAAAAUACUCCAUGCUGAUACCAUUGAGUAAUAGAAAUGUUUUAACCUUAAAAAUGGGGGAAAUAUUCCCAUUAAAACGUUCUAAGAAAAAUCACAUUUCGGCUGAUGUAAUGUCACUGCUCUUCUUUCUUUUAUCUGUAAUGAAAUGAAUCUACUGUUUAAUCAGAUCUGUAAUGUUUAUUAGAUUCUCCACAGAUUUUCAUGGACUUCCAAUGUUCGGAAUAAUGCUUGAACACCUUACAACUGAUUUCCUUGCAAACUGUAGCUGCGUGUUUGGGCAGCGUCUGUACCUGAACAGAACAAAGUUCAGGAUAGGUUAUCCUCUCCCUCCCUCUUGGCUGUCUUGGUCCUAUGACGACCUGACAGGCCAGUUUAGCUGCUCGACAAGCCACCGUCCUUAGCACAAUACGGACAGAGCCUUAGGCUGUCAUCUACAUGAGCAGGAGGCAGAGAUCUGAAAUCAUUUGCUGAACAAUUUAGGUGGAAAACCCUGAAUUAAGGAGUUUGUUCCUCUGCUUUCAUUAUCCAGAUUGUUUAUCGAAAUGGCCUGAAUGAUCUGAAUUCACAUUAAAUUCUUUUCAGAUAUUCCUAUUUUAAAAACUAAGACUCCAACAGAGAAGUUCUUUGAAAAUCAUGUUGAAUCUAUGUGUAAUAAAAGGAAUGCACAAGUGUAUUACAUGAUUUCGUUUUCAUCCAAAAAUUCUAGGUUGACCUCACAACCUGAACUUCAGCUUGGUUCUUUUUGAUCUGAGGCUGAUGCUUAUUAAGAACAAAUGUUGGGGGCGGGGAAGAGAGAGAAGGAAGGAAGGAAGGACGGACAUCAAGAUAAGAAGAACCAAAUGUUUCUUGCAGAGGGGAAUUUCUUGGUUUUUUUUUUUUUUUAACGUAGAAAGUUGUCUGAAACGGAGAUGAAAUUAGCUAAAGGCUUUAAUCUGGGACUGAAACUCUGAAACGGUUUGCUGCUGGUGCAAGUGUGCCCCAUCAAUCCGCUAAUGCCCCAGUAUUAUUCAUAGGUAGGACUUUGGUUUCGGUGAUUUUAACAUGCCACAUCUAUUCCUUGUGGACUGGAAUAAUUGGCACAUUUUAAUGCACAAGCUGGGGGUCUCACUUUCCCAGGCCCUCUUCUCCAUCACUGCAUCCGUAGCUAGGAGCUUAUUGCUUUACCCCAGUGUGGAGUUAGAAUACAGUGUUUUCCAUUACAUUUAGAUUCAUAGAAUCUGAAUGGCUGAUUAAAUGGCCAUCUGAUGGCUGAAAGAGGGGGGUAUUUUUCACCCUGUAGUGAAAGGCUUGGAGGAAUUUCUACUUUUUAUUUGAAUUAUACUUUAACCAAAGAAUUAUUUUAAAAAUAACCUUAUAUUUAAAAGAUGAUUUUGCAGAAAAUAAAAAAUAAAAAGACAAAAAAUACUAUCUCCUGGAGUGAUGUCGGUUUGGUAAAUCAUCGUGGAUAAUUUUCUUGCCUUUUAGGCUGAUGUGGUCAUUUUCCUGUCAGUGGUAUUUGGAUGCAUAUACAGCGCCAUCCAACUGCGCUUAGCAUUACCAUAAAUGUAUCUUUUCCACUCAACUAGCUGUGUUCGUAUUAAAGGAAGUCUUCUAUUCCAAUUACCUAGCGUCACUGGGAACUAAUGUGAAGAGCUGCAGUAAGAGAAGUUCCUAUCUCAUUGUCUCUGUAGAAAAGCGUCCCUGUGUAGCAAAAGGGAGGCAUUUCUCCGUAACCUAGGCACUCUGCAACUCCAGUGUUUAAUUUGAAAGCAGUGAUGAAUUGCUCUUUUGAAUCAACUCUGAGUAAUGCUUGUGUUCGAAUACAGAUGAACCUCCCUCCCUUAAUUUUCACAGGCAGAGUCACAACUGUACCGUGUCCGCACGAACUCAGAUAAUGAGGCACGGGGUUAUUUGCAUUUAAAUUGUAGUCCUGCACACGUAUGAGAACUAAGAGGCGCGAGUCUAGUCGGGCUGCCUUGCCGAGGGGAAGAGACUGGCCUUGGAGGGUAGGGAAAAGAGCAUUUAACGUCUACUUAGGUUAAUAUUCACUUUACAAAGGUGAUGGGGGGAUAUUUUGUUCAGUGAUGGCAGAUGCUUUUCAUGUUUAAACAUAGGCUUCAAAUUGGAUUUGUUUCUCUUUAACACUUCAAAAUAAUGAAUUUUUCCUAGGGAAGUAACUAGCUAUAAUGAAAAUUCGAGGGAAGGAAAAAAAAACGCCACUAAAGACAGAGGAAAUAACUUGAUCUUUAAAUAUGGAUAAUAUUAUGUUCCGCAUGUGUAAGUUUAAAAUUAUAGUGAGGAGUAGUCAAACUUAAGGUACAAUCAGCUCUUACAAAUGUCUUACACAGUACCACUUAGCUGCCAUUACCCACACAAAAAUCAGGAUUUUGCAGCUGUUUAACUGUUCUUGGACUCAGUACAGGAUACAUAUGUAUAACGGGAAACGUGUGCUGGUUCUUUCUCUGAUGGGAAUGCCAUCCCAAAAGCAUUUCGGUUAUGCAUAGACCAUUCUCAACCUGCUGUUUUUAGAGGCAUAUCGGGUUUUUUUCUCAUUUAUAAGGCUAUUGUAUCUUUUUUUAUUCUUACUCUAUGUGAUUCAGGUGUAUUUAUUUGAAGAAAAAAGUUUGUCAUUACGAGAAGGAAAACCACACCGAAUUGUAUCGCCAAAUCCCUUGUAAACUGCCUGUGGCGUCUGCGCUUUCCUGGCUGUGCGCUCUUCCGCCGCUACCGCUCGGGACCAUUGUAAUUAGAUCACUCCAUUCCACGAGCAUCUCCGUUUAAGUGGUUCGCAGAUGAUUUAAUAAAGAGGAACUGUGUCCUCAGUCAAUCCGGA